GCCGCCUUCCUGCGGGGAGCGCUGCCAGCAGCAGAGGGGAGCGCGGAGCUGGGUCCCGCGAGAGCGCGGUCGGGUCUCGGUCUGCAGGAUGAAACAGGUGCGUAUUUAAUAGACAGAGACCCGACCUACUUUGGGCCAGUGCUGAACUAUCUCAGACAUGGGAAACUGGUUAUUAACAAGGACCUAGCUGAGGAAGGUGUACUGGAAGAGGCUGAAUUCUACAACAUCACAUCACUAAUAAAACUGGUAAAGGACAAAAUAAGAGAAAGAGACAGCAAAAUCUCACAGGUGCCAGUCAAACACGUGUACAGGGUGCUGCAGUGCCAGGAAGAGGAGCUCACUCAAAUGGUCUCCACAAUGUCUGAUGGCUGGAAAUUUGAACAGCUUGUCAGUAUAGGUUCCCAGUAUGGCUGUGGCCGGGCCCAGCAGUCAGAGUAUCUGCUGAUAGUGUCACGGGAAGUGAAAGGGGAAGAGAGAUGCUUCCAGAAAUGCUGCAGUGAGCUGGUUAGCAUUGGUUCUUCCUAUAACUAUGGCAAUGAAGAUCAGGCUGAAUUUCUGUGUGUUGUCUCAAAGGAAUUGCAUAACACUCCCUAUGGUACAACCAGUGAACCCAGUGAAAAAGCAAAGAUUUUGCAAGAAAGAGGUUCCAGGAUGUGAAGACAGUAUUGAAUGCUGAAGAUUUUUUCUCUUUUAUUCGAUGAUGCAGUGAAUUGUCACAUUGAAGAGGCUUGGCUGCAAAAGAAAAAAUCUGAUUUAGACAAUUUUCUGUUGAUCUGGGUUCAACCAUUUUUGCCUAUAAGCUAGUGUAAACUGGCUGGAAGCAUUGCACGAUUUCUUAAUGGGAAUAGAUGGUGUGAGAGUGUGUGUUAAGUUUUGGUUGUAGUGCAUGGUUUUACUCUUUUUAUGGGCUGACUGACACUGGUCAUUUGAAAAGAAGUGACCAUGCACUCAUAUUUUCCUCUGAGACAUGUAGCACUUGUGCCUGGUGCUGGAUGACACAAUGUCGAUCAGUUUGAAGAGUUUUUCUUACUAAUCAUUGUAAACAUUUAAAGGACAAUGUAACUGGUGCUACACACAGACACACACACAGACACAAACACACACACAGACACACACACACACACACAGACACACACACACACAGACACAUUACAGCCCACAAAUGCAAAUUUUUGGGCUUACAUUGUUUCAGCAUCUGUGGCAGCCCCAGGUGACUCUCUUAUACUGCACAUUCCUUAUGGCUCUGUGACAUAUUCUCUCAUAUAAGAACAGCCUAGGAGAACAACUGAAACUAGCACAUAAAAAGCUACACCACAGACAAAAGGUUUCUCUGAAGGAAAGGUGUAUAUAUUGACUGGGUUUAUUGCAUAUUUUAAUACCCAAAGGGAAGACUAAACUCAGAAAAUGUCUUUCAUCUGAGUCAUUCUUGAUGUUCCUUCUGUCAAAAGUCUCCUCCUGCAAAAGUUAUGCUCCAGUCUUAGCCGGAUGUUUGGAAAGGGAAUCGAAAUUCACUUGAAAUGAACAACUGAACAUUUUGUUUCUUUUGAAAUGUUUGUAGUCAAAUGUUUGUUUAUACUUUUAAAAAUGCCUGCAAGUGUUGAUCUCUCUGGAUUUUGGUAGAGAUUUUUGAGAGCUGGAGGUUGUACAGUAAUAUGACUGUCUAGCCCUAGAUUCUUAUCUCUAUGACUGGGAUUAAGAUCAACCUUGAGUGUGAACACAAGAUCAUCCAAUUAAAAAUCUUAAUUACUUUGGAUAUUCAGGAUACUUACAAUCAGUCUAUCUUUCUAUACUGUUUCAACUAUGCAGGUAAAGAACACUGUUUGAAAACAUCUGGUACAACUUUACUAGGUUAUGUCCUUGAUAAAGGCUAAUACUCAAGACUGGAGCUUUUUAUUACACUAUGUUUUAAGCAAAAUCUUCAGCACAUCUUUGAAACACAAUGAAAUUGAUAGUAUAAAACUCAGCUUCAUUGGCAUACAUAGCUGAAAGUGGCAGAAAAGAGUUUCAAAAAGCUAUAAGUUUGUUUAGUAUUCUAAAAACAUUAAAGCUUUCAUUCUCAGUAACUUCAGAAUUUAUGCAUAUACUCUAGGUAAUCCUUUACACAAAAACUUGAUCGUCAAGCACCUAGGGUCUGCCUAUUUUUUUUUAAACUUACUGUACAUUGAUAAAAGUUGGGCAGAAAUAAUUUGUAAAACCAUUUCUACAGAGCAGGUUAAGCAACGGGCUAAAUGUUUUGUCCAUGCAUCUAAUGCUAGAAAGCAUUAAUGCAUUUUGCCACUUGGAUGUGGUCUGCACAGAAAGCUGCUGGCCCCUCCGCAACAACACGUAAAAUGUUUGUCUUUUUUUAAGAUGUUAAAACUGAAUUGAAUUUACUAAAGUGUAAUUGUGUAGGGGAAAAUGUUUAUACUUUUAUACUUUUUUAGGCACCCGUAUUUUAUCAGCUUAAAUUUAGCACCCAAAUUUCCCCUAAAUAGUAACAGAUAAUCUUGUGUAUUUGAAAAUAAGCAUAACACUUGUCUAUGUUAACUGCAUAUUAAAACAUUUCCUCUGCUGCAGUAGUCGCUGUGUUUUUAGGCAGUAUGACUCCAUCCUAUUCUCUGGGCACUCUAGCUCAUGGAAGUGCAGCCAACCAGGUUUCUUGUUCUUUACUCGCUGUGCUCUACGGAGUAAUUCAGCGUUGGCCUAAGUAGAUUUUAAUACCUAAAACAACUGUACAAUAAUUGUUCUGAAUCUGCAUUUGUGUUUUCUGUCUUAUUUAACACAAAAAGACAGACUGUUUUAUUUCAUCAACUGAAAGAAUGACAGCAGCAAAGCAUGAGUAACAAACUGAGCAAACUGAACAAAUUUAGAGUAUGUAAAAGGGUUUUUUGUCUUUUUUGGUUUUGUUUUUUAAGUAUGGCUUUUUCACUGGAAUAUUUUUGAUUGAACAGUGUGCUUUGUGGUGAGAUUACCUGCAAUCUAAUUUAUGUUGUAUCCCUGUUGUAGCAAAUUUGGGGGAAAUAAGGGGUUAAUCAUUUUGCACUUUGUUUCCAAUACCUCACAAAGAUCUUAAGCAAAAAAAGAAAACUUUAAUAGGCAGGUACCUUGUAAAUGAUUUUAUAUGCUAUUGUAUGAGACUGCCAGAACUAACUACUCUCCUGUUCUUGCUAUUGUCAGUUACUUUAUUAUUUUUUUCUUUUUUUGAACAUCUGAGGCUUUCAGAUAGCUGGAAGUGCUAUCACAUGCCUCUUUCAAGGCAUUAGGUAUUGAUCCCUAGAGAAGUUUGGUUUCUUUUUAUUUGAAUCUUGUAAUUUCUAAUAAAAUUAACUACAUUAACAAGGUAGUCGCAUUAGAGUUCAAUCUACAUCAUCAAGUUUUGCGUACAUUGCUUUUUGUCAGUUAGCAUCUUGCAGGAUGAGGAAAUUUACCAAUAUAAUUUAAACUGGA